CGCGGGCGGCGGGCUGGCGGCGGCCGAGGAGCCUUAAAAUGGAAGAUGAGGAGGUCGCCGAGAGCUGGGAGGAGGCGGCCGACAGCGGGAAGCACCCUCUGAUUGUGUGAACUGGACUAGAGGACCUUGUGACAUCCCUUUCAGCUCUACUUCCCCAUGAUCCUAUGAACCAGACCUGCUUGGUGUGGCAUGGUUUUGAACUCCAGACAAAAAAGAUGUCCGUGGAAAUAGAUAGACGGUUGGAAAAGAAACUGAAGAUCACACAAAAAGAAAGUAGUAGAAAAUCAAAAUCUCCUCCCAAAGUGCCGAUUGUGAUUCAGGACGACAGCCUUCCCUCAGGUCCUCCCCCGCAGAUCAGGAUCUUAAAGAGGCCUGCAACUAAUGGUGUGCUCAGUAACCCCAACUCUGCGAGCAGACCAGCCUUUCCCGUGAAGUCUCUGGCACAAAGGGAGGCAGAAUACGCAGAAGCCAGAAAACGAAUUCUGGGCAGCGCGAGCCCAGAAGAGGAACAGGACAAACCCAUUCUAGACAGGCCAACAAGGAUCUCCCAGCCAGAAGACAGCAGACAGCUCAACAAUGUGAUUAGGCAGCCACUGGGUCCUGACGGUUCACAAGGCUUCAAACAGCGCAGAUAAAUGUGGGCGAGAGAUCAUGCUGCCGAAAGCAGGGUCAGCUGCCACGGGUUGCACUGCCGUGGUGGACAAAUGGACUUGAGCAAAGGGAACUACCUGGUUUACUUGCACUGUGAGCCCCUUUGCUCUGCCCACUGUGACCUUGAACCCCAUGCACUGUGACCCCACCCCCACGCCCCCGCUCCACCCACUGUGAUUGGCACACCGACAAGGGCUGUCCCAAGUCACUGUAAAAGGAAGGGGGGGGCGUUAAGGACUCAAACAGGUGCAGAGUGUUGUGUGUGCCACUUCAGCCGAAGCUAGCGCCAGCAAUAAUGUUUGUACUCAUUAACCUGGGAUUUAAAACAAAGAUGGGAAACUUCCCCCAAA